AUGGCGAGAAGCUCCUCCAGCCCCUGCCGCGCUCGCAGCAAGAGACCGAGGGUCGAGGCCUCCGCAGGAGGAGGAGGAGCCGUCAAGGCAUGGCCGCCUGCCGACACUGAGGAGGGAGAGGAAGGCAGGAUACGGGAGGGAGCCGAGAGAGGGUCAUGCAAGGAGAAGCGCAAAGAAGAGAAGAGCCAGGAGAGAGAGAGUGGGAGCGUCUGCCCCCACGGCCGUAUACGAUCUCGAUGCAAGGAGUGCGGGGGAGCCAGCAUCUGCCCCCACGGCCGUAUACGAGGUACAUGUAAGGAGUGCGGGAGAGCCAGCGUCUGCCCCCACGGCCGCAAGCGAUCUGAGUGCAAGGAGUGCGGGGGAGCCAGCAUCUGCCCCCACGGCCGUAGGCGAUCUCGAUGCAAGGAGUGCGGGGGAUCCAGCAUCUGCCCCCACGGCCGUAUACGAUCUGGAUGCAAGGAGUGCGGGGGAGCCAGCAUCUGCCCCCACGGCCGUAGGCGAUCUCAAUGUAAGGAGUGCGGGGGAGGCAGCAUCUGCCCCCACGGCCGGAGGCGAUCUACAUGCAAGGAGUGCGGGGGAGGCAGCGUCUGCCCCCACGGCCGGAGGCGAUCUGAAUGCAAGGAGUGCGGGGGAGCCAGCGUCUGCCCCCACGGCCGCAUCUGCCCCCACGGCCGUCAGAAAGCUGGAGGCCGGAGGCGAUCUACAUGCAAGGAGUGCGGGGGAGCCAGCAUCUGCCCCCACGGCCGGAGGCGAUCUACAUGCAAGGAGUGCGGGGGAGGCAGCAUCUGCCCCCACGGCCGCAUACGAUCUCAAUGCAAGGAGUGCGGGGGAGGCAGCAUCUGCCCCCACGGCCGUAUACGAUCUGGAUGCAAGGAGUGCGGGGGGAGGCAGCAUCUGCCCCCACGGCCGUAUACUAUCUCAAUGCAAGGAGUGCGGGGGAGGCAGCAUCUGCCCCCACGGCCGCAUACGAUCUCGAUGCAAGGAGUGCAGGGGAGCCAGCAUCUGCCCCCACGGCCGUAG